AUGUCUUGCUCAGAAAGCGCGAAAUGGGCGGUCAGCCCGCUGCGAGCUGGACCUUUGACAAACCCACUCGAACUGAAACCUAGAGCAUCCGCAGGAGAGCUGUUGGUGAAUGUUGAAGCAGAUAUGUUGCAUUCGCAUGCAGCAACGCUUAUCUCUGUUCACGUUGCUCACUUAUCCUCGCCGUCCCGCGCGUUCCCUACCCGCACCCCCACGCGCCGCCAAUGCGACCACGGAAAACCAAGCAACAGAAAGCGGAAGCGCAACGCGCAGCCACAGCGCGCUAUCUGGCCGAUCCUGAGGUUCGCGCUCAGUACAAUGAAAAGGCUAGAGUCCGUUCGGCAUUUAACGGGUCCAGGAGACGCGCUCGAUCUAAGUGGUACAUCCAGAGCCAAAGAACAGCCCAUUGAGCCACGUUCCUCUCGGCAAUGCGCCUCUCGCCCGCGAGCAAGUGACACGUCGCCUGCACGUACAGAAGACACCAACUGUAUUCAUCCUCUUGCCAUUCCCGACUUUGGUGCCGCCAUCCGUGCUUUCGAGCGCUGGUCCUACAACUGGGGACCCGAGGAGAUAUGGGAGGACAGAUUUAGGGAGAUUCUGUGUGGUGCCACAGAUGACGAGAAUGAUCCAGGCUUAGUCGGUCUUAGCACUGAGAUUCAGGAGCAUGUUGAACAGGGUUGGGUACUUAUGGAUGUAUUGAGAGAACUUGUUGUACGGGGAUCUGGUUCACGCGGUGUAAGUGUGCCCUCCCAAUUCAGUCCCGAUGUUUUCGACACUAUGGUAGCAUUGAUCUCCAAGAUACGCUUUUUAGAGCCCAAGGAUGUGGAGCAGUGUCAGAAGGAGGCGAAGGAAGCGCAGUGGAUCAAGCUUCGUAAAUCACUGAGAUAA